AAAAAAAAAAAGAAAAAAAAAAAAGAAAAAUCUGGGGUUGGCCUCUAGAUUUGUGUGCGACAAGUUUAUAAAAAGAGCUUGACAUUUAUUUGCAUCGUCUGGCGUUUGGUAAUAAUAGGUGGCAUUAUGGUUUUAGUCACAAAGACUUUGCUCCAACAACAUACCCGGAUUUGCAUGGAAAAAAAGAGAAAGCAAGACGACACGCGUUGAGGAGUUUGUUUUAUACCGGCCGGCCGGCUCUCCGACGACCUCGAUGUCUGUCUCGGGUCCGCUGCUCGCUGAGCUGAUUUUCACAAGGCUGAAUUGUUUGACUUGGUGUGACGAGUGGAUUAUUCUUGUCUUUUCUUCUUCUUUUCCCCUCCCUAUUUUCCUCUAUGGCUUUUAUCUUUUCUUUUUUCUUCCAAUAUUUGAAUUGUGUUUUUAUUCUACUGUCGACGAUAUGGAUUUUGCUCAUUCGUCAGAUGAAAGUACAUGCUGUACCAAACAUUUCCGGAUACAGGAAUGGGGAGAGGGCGGAGAUUCUGGGGUUUUAACGAGUGUAAUAUGAGCGGCUAUAUGUCUUCUUUCUCUUCUCAUCGUCUUCUAUUUUCUCAGCGCCCCCUUUUUUCUAGGGGAAUUUGAUUUGCCCCCUAUUUUUUUCUUCUUAUCCCCCCUUAUCUUGUUCUACAGGUAGUUAAUUAGAGUAGUAAGUUGGAACAAGUUUGAUGGAUAAGGGCAUUUAGUUUGGACCUUUAGCCAAGGCACACACAACAAAAAAGGGCCUCGAGGCAGAGAGAUAGAUGAAUAAAGUAUCUGUGAAUAA